CAGAAGUUGAUUUCUUGCAAAAUAUCUCUAUUUAGGAAUUAAAGGAGUUUCAACUAAUCACCACCCAACUUGGCAAUUGCCAAAUAGUUAUGCGUCACUCUGCAAUAAAUGUAGUGUGACCAUUUUUGAGUUUCUUGGAUAAAGAUCAAACCUUUUUUACAAUCCCUCCAAAUAACUGUCGGCUCAGUAAUCAUCAGCAUCUCAGUUGAGAAGAUUUGAACAAAGAAAGUGGAAGUGAAAAAUGAUAGGCCCCCCAUUUGCUUUCCUUCAUUAAAUUCUUGAACAUGGUCUGAAUUAUGAAAACUUGAAAAGCUUGUGCUCAAGAGGGGUAGUUAGAGUCUGUUUCAGAACUAUUUGCGGAUAAAAUGAAAAUUCGUGGUAAAGUUUUGCGAUGAGUUGGCGGCGGAUUGGAUAGGGACUGUUGCCCUUUUUUUGAUUGCAAUGAAAUAAUUUGGACACAAGUUAAUAUUGUGAGCUUUUGGAAGGUUUUGGAGGUAUUCUCAUUUGGGUUAGCUGAGACUGAAGAAUAUCUGUAAGUUUGAUAUAAACUUAAACAAAGAUCGAUGUCUUGGGGAAUUUCUUUCUUUCUACUGGUUGCUCUUCUCCAAGUGUUUGGUAUAGCAGCCUUGACAAAUACCGAGGAUUUUGUUGCUCUAAAGUCCCUAAAAGAUGUAUGGGAAAAUGUACCUCCUAAUUGGGAUGGUGCUGAUCCCUGUGGAAGUGGAAAUGGUUGGGAUGGAAUCAACUGUGAUGCUAAUAAUCGAGUUGUUACGAUCACGUUAGUCAGCUUCAAUAUAAGCGGUCAGCUAUCGUCCGACAUCAAAGGAUUAUCCGAGCUGCAGAUUCUUGAUCUAUCAUAUAACAGAGGUCUGACCGGAGCCCUUCCUUCUGCCAUCGGGAAUUUGAAGAAGUUAACGAGCUUGAUACUUGUUGGUUGUGGAUUUUCUGGUCCAAUACCACCCUCAAUAGGGUCUAUGCAAGAGUUGGUGUACUUGUCUCUGAAUUUAAACAACUUUGUGGGUGAAAUACCGGCUACAAUUGGUAAUUUACCGAACCUUUAUUGGCUGGACUUAGCAGAUAAUAGGCUAAGUGGAACUAUCCCAGUCUCAACAAGAACUACUCCUGGGCUCGACAUGCUGUUCAAAACAAACCACUUCCAUUUCGGAAACAAUCGGCUGUCGGGUGAAAUACCAUCUCAGCUGUUCAACUCAAACAUGACUCUCAUACAUCUGCUUCUCGAAGGCAAUCAGCUAACAGGUCGAAUUCCCUCGUCUUUAGCACUUGUGCAGUCUCUCGAGGUUAUACGGCUCGACAGAAACUCUUUAAGUGGAUCGGUUCCGAAUAACCUCAACAGCCUCACCACUGUCCAGGAGCUGUCCUUGGCAAACAAUAGGUUGACAGGACCUUUUCCCAAUCUAACAGGCAUGAAUCUGCUCCAUUCUGUGGACUUGAGCAAUAAUUCGUUUGAUGCGACAGAUGUUCCUUCAUGGCUCUCAUCUUCGACAUCCUUGACUACAUUGAUAAUGGACAAUACAGGCAUUCAUGGACAACUUCCAGUUUCUUUGUUCAGCCUUCCUCAACUGCAGACUGUUGAAUUGAAGAACAACCGAAUUAAUGGGACGUUGAAUAUUGGCCCAAGUCCUAGCAGCCAACUACAACGUAUUGAUCUGCAGAACAACUUUAUCGAUGGGUAUACUGAACGGGCGGGUUACAAUGCCAGUGUUCAAAUUGUACUGGUCGGAAACCCUAUAUGCGAUGAAGGAGCGACGCAAAGCUACUGCAGAAUCCCUCCACAAACCAACAACACCACAACAUACCAAACCCCACCUGAAAAUUGCACGCCCACUUCCUGCAAUUCCGAUCGGAUCCAAAGCCCCACGUGCCGGUGCGCGUACCCCUACUCCGGCGCCCUCUUCUUCCGAGCUCCGUCCUUCUCCAGCUACGGCAACGCCACCAUCUUCGAAUCCCUGCGCCAGAAGCUUAUGUCGACGUUCCAGACCCAUCGCCAGCCGGUGGACUCGGUCUCCCUCAGCAACCCCACCAGAAAUAUGGAAAACUACCUUCAGCUGACCCUGCAGAUUUUUCCGGCGGGGCAGGAUCAUUUCAAUAGGACGGGGGUUUCUAGAAUUGGGUUUAUCAUGAGCAACCAGACGUUCAAGCCGCCGCCUGGCUUCGGGCCCUUCUAUUUCAACGCUGAUACUUAUCCCUACUUUGCAGUACAAACUGAGAAAGAAAUUCACUAUGUCUUACGCUCGCAACAAAUUUCUCAAAUUCCAGGCCCGAAUGAAGGAUCAAAUAGGCCUUCAAACAUACACGUGAUCAUUGGAGCAGCCGUUGGUGCAUCUAUUCUUCUUUUAUUGUUACUUAUUGCUGGAGUUUAUGCUUUUCGUCAAAAGAGGAGAGCCGAAACUGCUGCUAAAAAGAGUGAUCCGUUUGCAUCCUGGCACUCAAACUCAAACAGUGGUGCAGUACCGCAGUUAAGAGGAGCAAGGAGUUUUUCAUUUGAAGAAAUUAAGAAAUGCACUGAUAACUUCUCUGAUAAUAAUGAAAUUGGAUCGGGUGGUUAUGGCAAGGUAUACAGAGGAACUCUUCCCAAUGGACAACUGGUAGCCAUUAAAAGAACAAAGCCAGGAUCUACCCAGGGCGGUGUGGAGUUCAAAAAUGAGAUUGAGCUUCUCUCGAGGGUUCAUCACAAAAACGUUGUCUGUCUAGUUGGUUUCUGCUUCGAUCACGGUGAAUUUAUGUUGGUCUAUGAGUAUAUCACAAAUGGUUCACUGAAAGACAGCCUUACUGGGAAAACUGGUAUCAGAUUGGAUUGGACUAGAAGACUUCGAAUAGCAAUUGGAGCAGCCAGGGGUAUUCAAUAUCUACAUGAGUUAGCAAACCCCCCAAUCAUACAUAGGGAUAUCAAAUCAAACAACAUCUUGCUGGACGAUCGACUGAAUGCGAAAGUUGCAGAUUUUGGACUCUCAAAGCCUAUGGGUGAACCGGAAAAAGGUCAUAUUACCACUCAAGUCAAAGGCACAAUGGGAUAUUUGGAUCCUGAAUAUUACAUGACACAAGAACUCACAGAAAAGAGCGACGUGUACAGCUUUGGGGUAUUGCUAUUCGAGCUUUUAACUUCAAGAUCUCCAAUAGUGAACGGGAAAUACAUUGUUCGGGAAGUGAAGGAAUUAAUGGACAAAACCAAGAAUUUGUAUAACCUUGAACCUGUUCUCGACCCAAUAGUUGCUUCCAAUAUGGCACCGGGUAGUGUCGAGAAAUUUGUGGAUCUUGCACUGAGGUGUGUUCAAGAGUUGGGAGUGAGUCGACCCACAAUGAAUGAAGUUGUUAAAGAGAUUGAAAAUAUCAUGGAAUUGUCUGGCUUGAAUCCACAUAAUGAAUCUGCCUCGACUUCGAGUAGUUAUGAAGGGAAAAUGAAGGAGCAUGGCCAUCCAUAUACUUAUGAAAGUCUAUCUUCCCAUAAUGAGUUUGACCAAAAAAAGGUUUGGAAGUCAAACGUAUAUGUUUGGAAUCGGGAUGCUAUGCAUUUUCAUGAAAUCUUCAACGACGCUUGA